GCGAGGCGCAGCUGGACAUGGGGGAGCAUCUGGGGUAAUGAAGCCCAUCUGAGGACUAGGGGCCAUGUCUAGGACCAGAAUGCACACCUGGAGAGUACAAUAGCUGCAAAUGGGAGGAGGGAGCUACAGCUGGACUGGGGGGCGCGUCUGAGCAGGAGGUGGGCACAAAUAUUGGUGACACUUCUGAAAAUUGGCCGCAAGUGAAUGGGGCACACACCUGUGGGCGAAAAGUACAUACUGGAUGUGAGGAGGACAUCUGGAUAUGGGAGCAUCUCGGAGGCAGGGGCUACAGUUGAAUGUGACGACCCAUGGCGUCACAUCUGGGAUAACAGCCAUAUAUCGGAGACACGUGCAGGAAGGAGGAAGCCACAGGUGCCCCAGGAUGGAGUCCCCACCCAGCACGGCUGGGCAGGAGGAGCAGGAGCUACGGGAGCGUGCCUUCUUCUCAUGGGCCGAGUUCAGCCGCUUCUUCGACGCGUGGUGCCAGCAGCGGCUGGCGCUCUUCUUCGUCAAGAGUUCCAUGCACCUGGCGCGCUGCCGCUGGGCCAGCGCGCCCCCGCUCUACACGCUCAUCGACGUGCUCAAGUACAGCUACGUGCGGCUCGUGUGCAAGGACGUGCGCGCGCCCAGCCGGCCCACCGUGGGGCCUCCCCAGCCCGGCUGCCCGGCCUUCAUCAUCGUCAAGCUGAGCCCCCUGCGGGACCGCCUCGUGGUGACGGAGUGCCAGCUGACCCACUCGCACCCGGCCUGCCCGCUCGAGUUCGCCUACUACUUCCGCCCGGGCCACCUGCUGGCCAACGCCUGCCUUCCGGUGCGCACCACGAACAAGAUCUCCAAGCAGUUCGUGGCGCCGGCCGACGUGCACCGCCUGCUGUCCUACUGCAAGGGCCGCGACCAUGGCGUCCUGGACGCCCUGCACGUGCUCGAGGGGCUCUUCCGCACCGACCCCGAGGCCAAGGUGAAGCUGGUGUUCGUGGAGGACCAGGCGGUGGUGGAGACAGUGUUCUUCCUGACGUCACGCACGCGGGCGCUGCUGCGGCGCUUCCCCCGCAUGCUCCUGGUGGACCGGCUGCCGGGUCUACAGGGCGCGCUGGACCUGCUGGCCGUGCUCUGUGUGGACGCGGCGGGCCGCGCGCGCCAGGCCGCCUGCUGCGUGGCGCGUCCAGGCACUCCAAGCCUGCUGCGCUUCGCGCUGGCCUCGCUGCUGCAGAGCGCGCCCGACGUCAAGGGCCGCGUGCGCUGCCUAACCGCUGGGCCCGAGGUGGCGGCGCAGCUGCCUGCUGUGCGCCAGCUGCUGCCGGGCGCACGCGUGCAGAUUUGCCGCGCACAGGGCCUGGAGACGCUCUUCAGCAAGGCGCAAGAACUGGGCGGUGCCGGCUGCGAGGACCCGGGCUUGUGGCCGCGCCUGUGUCGCCUGGCCGGCGCGUCGUCGCCCGCCGCCUACGCCGAGGCGUUGGCCGAGCUGCGCGCACAUGGCCCGGCCGCCUUCGUGGACUACUUCGAGCGCAACUGGGCCCCGCGGCGCGACAUGUGGGUGCGCUUCCGAGCCUUCGAGGCGGCCCGGGACCUGGACGCGUGCGCUCUCGUGCGCGGCCACCGCCGGCGCCUGCUGCGCCACCUGAGCCCCUCGCGCAGCGUGGCACAGUGUCUCCGCGACCUGGUGGCCAUGCAGUGGGCCGACGCGGUUGGGGAGGCGCCUGAUCGCCUGGACGGUGGGGGGCUGGGGCCAGAGGUCGAGCUGGGGAGGGGAGCGCAAGGGGCGGAGAGGAGAAAGGGCCUGGAGAGCGGGGACUGGGGAGGGGCCCCGAAAGAAGGAAGUAUUUGGAGAGGUGGCCAGUUGGAGGAGGAGUGGCCCCGAGGUUUGGAGGCCAGAGAGCGGGGAGGGGCUCAGUUAGAAAGCGAGAUGGGGGGAGGGUUGCAGGUCCAAGACUGGAGAGAGGUCCAGUUGGAGACCCAGAAAGUGAGAGGCCUAGAAGGGAGUGUUUGGAGAGGGUCCCAGUGGGAGAAUGAGCAGUGGAGAGGACCAGAGAUCAGAGACUGGAGGGGGUUCUUGUUGGAAGAGGAGAAAGAUAAGGGACCGGAAGGUUAUGUUUGGAGAGGAUCCCGGUUGGAGGACCAUGGGCUGAGGGGAUUGGAAGGCUACACCUGGAGGACGGCCCAGCUGGAGGAUCGAAGGGCUAGGGUGUUGGAGACCACAGACCGGAGGGGGACCCAGUUGGAUACCGAGAGGGCCAGGAGUCUUGAAGGGAGCACCUGGAGGGGGGCCCAGCUGCACGAUGAGAGGGCACAUGGGCUAAAAUCCAGAGAUCAGAAGGGAUCUCAGUUGGAACCCGAGAAGGGAAGGGGGUGGGAGGUCAGGAACUGGAGGGGGCGCCAUUUGGAGAAGCCCAGGGAUUUGGUCCCUGAGAAUGGAGACCAAAGGGGGCCCCAGUGGGGAGAGGAGAGGCAGAGGGGGCCGGAUAUUGGAGAAGAGAGAGGAGUGAGUUUGGGGGUCAAAAGAAGAAGGGACCUGGAGGAUGUUGUUCUGGUCCAGCUGGGGGACACAGGGAUGACAGGCCUGGAGAAUGGGGAGGGAGCCCCAUCUAUGGGCCCCAAGAGCAGAGGAGGACAAGCGAUGGAGUGUGGGGGCACAGGAGGGAGGUGUCUAGGGCUGGGGAAUGGAGUGUGCGGCACCCCGUUGGGGACUGUGUUUGAGGGUGAUCCAGAAUGGGCAGGAACAAGGAGAGUCUACCUGGCCGCUGGGGAGAGCCUGCAGGAAGGCGGUGAAGAAGGCAGCCCGAGGGAACCGAAGAGGCCUUGCUGCCCCUCAGCAGAGGAAGAGGUGGACUGGGAGCCCCUGGCCAAGUUCCGAGCGGCGUGUGGGCCGGAGCUGGCAGAACUGGUGGCCGAAGAGCUGGCCUUUGCCAGGCAGCAUGGUACCCGCGGUUUCCACUGGACUGGAGCUGGGUUUGCCCUUAAGGAUGGCACCUCGGACUUCUUCCUAGACAGGGCUCUGACCCGCUGUAGCUGUUCCAUCCAUGCCGCGCGGCGUCUGCCUUGCCGCCACCUGUUCGCAGCACGCCUCCUCACAGGGGCAGCCUUAUUCCACAUGGACCUGCUCAGGGAUUGCUGGGGGAGAGCUCCAGAACCCUGACCCACCAGGGUCCUGCCUGCCACCUUCCGCUGCAAAGGUAGGAGGGCAUUCUUCAAUCCCAAAGAUAAUAGGGCUGAGGCCAAGGAGGCCAACCCAGUCCCUCUGGCCACCUCCUGUGUCAUCCAGGGACCUCACCUUGGCCGCUUGUCUCUCUGGGUACAAGGGGAGGCUGACUGGUCUCUGAGGCCCUGGAGCCACAGUGUGGAAGACGGUGGUGGCCAAGAUGGCUUCUGAGGGCUUCCCUCAGGAGAGGAAAUGUGUGAUGGGACAGGGGCAGGUUGGGGCAGAAGGAAGUAAGGGGACAAAGCUUGGGGAGGGGAAGACACCAGGACAUGGGGAGAGCCCAUGCAGGAGCAAAUGUUCACUCCAUAGAGUGCGGGGGUGAAGGAGAGAAGCAAGGGGGACUGUAGGAGGACAGAUUGGGGGUGGGGGGGAGAGAAGCUAGCAGGGAGACGAGCAGAGGAGAGAGGACAAGAGGAGAGGCAGAAAUGGGGAAAAGCAGAGGGAGGCAAGGGAGAAGGAGGCCAGGGUGGAGGACAGAGGGGAAAAAAAAUCAAAAAGGACACACAGAAAGAAAAGGUAUGGGAGAUGGGGAGAGAAGGAAUAAGAGGGGAGUGAUUUGAGAGUCUCCAAAGCCCAGAGGCUUGGAUCCCCUUGACCUUCUGGUUGGUCAUUCCCAGAAGAGACUGAAUGAGAGUGGUGUCUGGUGGGAUGGGCUGGAGGUUCUCCAGUGGGAGAGGGGACAGUCUGGACUAUUGUGCUUCAAGAUUGGAAUAAAACGUAUUAUUUUGA